AUGGCAAAGAGUUUGGGUCUAAUUCUGUUCUAUCCCCAGGCGUCUCCGCAAAUUCAAAAGUCACGAUGUGCUUUAAUUCGGCACAUAUAUUUGUCGCCGGAUCCACGAGAAUACGGCCCCUUCAAGCCUAUUCGAAAAUCCAAGGUCAAGAGUACCGGGGUGGAGAAGGCCAGUAUUCCAGCUGAACGUCCUCUGCGAAUAGCAGCCAUGGGUCUUUUGGAGAAGUUCCUCCCGAAGGAGGGCAGGUUCGCAGCACUUUUGCUGUAUGGUAUGGUAUUCUGUACAUGCUUCAAUGGUGAGUUGAACCAGCUGCCGAGUCGCGAAGUUGGUAUUGACAGCAUAUCCAGCAUACGACGCUGGUAUCAUGACUGUGAUCUUGGCAUGGCAUCCUUACUAAUUCGAUGCAGUGUUUUGCAGUCUGUAUCAAACACCUACGCCGUACUCAUCGUCGGUCGCCUGAUCACCGGUCUUGGAUUCGGAUCUGUCUAUAUCGCAACAAAUCUUUACGUUGCAGAAUGUUCGCCUCGCCUACUCCGUGGAAGCUUUGUUGGUACUGUCUCACAGUUCGGCUACCAGCUCGGAACUCUGAUCGCCUUUUGGACUGGCUAUGGAAUGAGCUUCCACACUCACCACUACAAUAUCGCCUGGAGAGUGUCCAACGUCAUCCAGAUCCCGAUCGGCUUGAUGUUCAUCGUCGUUAGCUUCUGGUAUAUCGAAAGCCCCCGAUGGCUGCUCGAGAAACACUCGGAAGUCCCAGAGAGAUCUCUGCAAGCCUUGGCAAGACUCAGGUCUGCGAGUCCGACAGACGAGCGUGUUCGAAACGAGUUCCACGAGAUGGUUGCAUCACAUGAGUACCGCAGGAAUUAUGACACUGGAUACAUGGGAAUUUUCAAAAGUGCAGCAAUGCGCAAGCGUCUCGCCUACGGCUUCUACGCCAUGUAUCUGCAGCAAUUCGGAGGCAUUGCAGCAUUGACCAUGUACGCGACUCUGAUCUACCAGUCACUUGGCUGGGAUAAGGGCAGCCAAGCGUUGGCUAUCAACGGCAUUCAAGCCGUUCUACAACUCUUCAUCGUCUUGAUCAACACGUUCACCGUCGACAGGUUCGGACGUAAGCAGCUACUCAUUGCCGGCUUCGCUAUUCAGUCGACCGCUCUCCUCAUCUUGUCCAGCUUGACUACGGCCUUCCCACGCAACAACAACAACAAGGCAGCGGCUGUAGUCGAGGUUGCCAUGUUCUUCAUCGUUGGCCUUACAUACUGUUGGUCAAAUGGUCCAGUCACACCCGCAAUCGCUUCGAAGAUCUUUCCACAACAUGUCCGCGAUAAGGCAUUCGGAUUGUCUGCACUGGGCCAGAGUAUCUGUCUGAUUGCUUUGACUCAGCCUUGGCCGCGCUUCAACGAUGAGGUCGGCCCCAAAUCCUAUUGGCUUCUAUUUUCGCUCAACGUUGUAGCAAUUGGAAAGGCUGAGGAUGCUAAAGCCGUCCAUGCCAUGGAGGGCGAGACUGUUGCUCGCACUGGAUCUGUGGACGUAGAGAAGGAGAGCGCUGUCAACCACAUCGGGAUCCACCCAAAAGCCUAG